AUGAAUCACGAGCAGGAUGCGCGACAGGAAGCCGGGCUUUCUUUGCUGCCUCAAGACGACUCAACCUCCGAUGACGAUGUUGAAGCCAAUCUGAAGCUGGAGAGGACUCAGAAGAGCGCCGAGCCAGAAUACCAAUCGCCCACCACCCUAAAGUUCAUAUGGCUCACGGCCUAUUUCGGGCUCAGCAUGGCGCUGACCAUCUAUAACAAAUUGAUUCUCGGAUCGUUCAAAGCACCCUGGCUGUUGACCUGCCUCCACACCUCGUUCUCGGCCAUCGGGACAUUCAUUUUGUUGAAGCUGGGGUACUUCAAGCUUUCGAAGCUGCAAACCCGAGAGCACCUGAUUCUGGUCGCAUUCUCGGUGCUGUUUACCUCCAAUAUUGCCAUGUCAAAUCUGUCGCUAUCGCUUGUCUCGCUUGCCUUCUUUCAAAUCCUUCGCAACACCGUCCCCUUCUUCACGGUGCUGAUCUACCGGCUGUGGUUCUCCCGUUCGUAUGGCAUGGCCACGUAUUUCUCCCUGAUUCCGAUUGUUGUGGGAGCGGGAAUGUGUACCGCGGGUGAUUAUCAUUCCUCAUUCCUCGGCCUGAUCGUCACAAUUUUGGGCGUGGUUUUGGCGGCAGUCAAGACUGUGACGACCAACCGGCUGCUGACCGGAUCGUUGGCGCUCCCGUCCAUGGAACUCCUCUUCCGCAUGUCACCUCUGGCGGCCGUGCAAUCUCUUCUGUUUGGGAUCGCGGCCGGCGAGCUCCCGAUCUUCUCGCAGGCGCUGUCCGAGCGGAUCGCGCAGACCUCCUCUGGGGUGGCAUUGACGGUUGCCUUCCUCCUGGGCAAUGGCCUGCUGGCCCUCGUGCUCAACAUCGCUUCCUUCCAAACCAACAAGAUUGCUGGCGCGCUUACGGUGACGGUGGCGGGCAAUCUGAAACAAGCCAUCACACUGGGUCUGGGGAUCAUUCUUUUUGGGGAUUUCUCUCUUCACCUGUGGAACGGGCUGGGGAUCAUUCUGGUGUUGGGUGGCUGCGCGUUCUUCAGCAAGGUGGAGCUGGAUUCGAAAAAACGGGGGUCUGGCGCAUAA